AUGGUUAAAGAACGAAUGAACAAACGACCUUUUUACAUUAAUUAUGAUAACCUAAUUGCCAUAACUAUGUUACAUCAAAAAAAACUUCGAAAACUUAAAAGUUCGUUCAUGAGGUAUAGAAUUGCGGUUCACCAUUAUCUUAAAGAAAAUAAUUUCACUUAUUCAUGCUCUACCGUCUCUAAGUUGGUAAGCAAAUUGUGGAAACAUGAAUCAGAAAAUGUUAAAACUAUAUAUAAACGACUGGGAAACGAAGCUAAAAAAAAGAAAACUGAAACACUGAGACCUAUUAAUAGUGACUUAGACUUCAAAGAGACACAUAUCUCUCUUAGUGAGUACGCUGCAGAUUUUAAGAUCAUUAAGCAACAGAAGCUCACACCUUCCUAUAUGGAUACUUAUCCCUUGACCAAUGUUAUUUUUAGUGAAGGUUUACGAAAACCAUAUAACAAUUUAUUAUUUGAUCAUUAUAACCGUAUUCAAAAGUUAGAAAGGGAGCUUUUCGAAGCACUUGAAAUAGACUUUUCGUUUUUCGAAAAAAUGGGUAAGGCUAAACACGAAGCGGGAGUCAUAAAUUAUCAAACUUAUCAUAAGAAUUCCUCGAGACCACACUUCCCACUUAAUAAAGAAGAUUUAAAAAACUAUAUAGAACAUAUAGUUAACAAAAGAUUAAGUCGUUGUACUUUUAAACAAUAUAUACGCCACAUCAAAAAACAUCAUAUCAAUAUCGAUGAAAAGGGUUCGUGGAAUUCUAAAGAAUUUGAUCCUGUAAUCCAAAACGCUUCUUUUAACGAUGUUCAGGGUAUUAAUUCCUCCGUGCAGCCACUGGGUGGCCAGCCUUAUAUCAAUGAUAUUCCCUCUAUACAACCUGUGCAGCCACUGAGUGGCCAGCCUUCUAUCAAUGAUAUUCCCUUUAUGCAACCCGUACAGCCACUGAGCGGCCAGCCUUCUAUCAAUGAUAUUCUUUCUAUGCAACCCGUACAGCCACUGAGUGGCCAGCCUUCUAUCAAUGAUAUUCUUUCUAUGCAACCCGUACAGCCACUGAGUGGCCAACCUUCUAUCAAUGAUAUUCUGGGUACCUUUCAAUCUGGUCAAGAUUGCGAUGACUACAUGCAGCAGUUUAAUGAUGAACAUAUUACUUUAGAAAACUUGCUGCUCAUUGAUCCAUCCCAAAUUCCGGGUCAAGUUUCUUUACAAGACUCAUCAGCAUCGGGCACGGUUUUUACUGAUCAUACUGAUCUUUCUCAAUUUGGUCAAGGUCUUGAUGACCAUGACAAUGUACUUUUAACACAACGAAUACAAUCCCAAAUUGAACAUAAAAAUAAUCGUAUUCAGGAAUUGAAGAACCGUUUUGACCAAGAAGCCCAGCGGAUAAACAAUCAGUUCAAUCAGAAUAUCCAACAAUUGCGUAAUCAGAGAAAACAUUCCAACGAAGAGUUUCUAAAAUUGAACAACCAGAAAGUUCAACAAAUGAAAGAUCAGUUUGAUCAGAAAAUCCGACAAUUGAACAAUCAGUUUAAUCAGGAUACCCAACAAUUGAUCAAUCAUUUCAACCAAGAGUUACAAUUGAUCAACCAAAAUGAACAAUCUAUAAACUAG